AAUGAAUUAAAUGUCUCUACAACAUUUAUAAACAAUAAAAGAAGAAAGACAUUCCUAAGAAAAUAUGGACUUAAACUAGAAUCUUUUAGAGAAAGCAAAGGUCGUAUUAUAUUAACGUUUAAGUAGAGAGAACAUGAGGCGGAUGAAAAUGAACAAUUUCUGCCAGAAGAACAGAAGGAUUUAAGUGAUGAAGAUAUUUAAGAUUAAUAAUAGAAAUAAGAUAAUGUAAAGAGCUUUGUCGUUGGUACAGGGAUGGCUGGAUUCUUGUUUGAAGAAACAUUUGGAUUUGAUGAUAAAAAAUAGAAGAAUAAUAAGUAAAUCAAGAGAUUGACUUUGAAUACUCGAAUUACAUAGAUAGCAGGUUUAAACAAGUUACCAGAUGAUGAAGAGGAUGAUCAAUAACUUUAUGAGAAAAUUCCUUAAUAUUUAGCUUGGGGAAUUAUUUUUUAUGCAUCAUUUAAUAAUGCAAUGAUGCCUCCUUGGAUUAUGACAAUUCCAGCUGAAAAAGUAUUUAUUAUAAAAUAAAUCAAGUAUUUACGUAUUGCUUGGAGAUUUCUGUUGUAAGGCAUCUUUCUUAUACCUUUUAUAAUGUAUGAAUACAGAACAGGAAAUGAGAAAGUUAAGUCUGCCUAUACAAAAGAAUUCUUAUUGUAAUGGACACACAUGAGGAAAGUCUAUAUGGCAAGUUUAACUACAACUGUAACUUUUGCUGUAUUUCUGUUUUGUUUUGAUUAUACAAAUAUCUCUAGUGUUUUUGUUUUAGGUUCUUAGACUAAUUUCUGGUUAUCAGUAUUUAGAAAAAAAGAAAAUAAUCACAAUAUUGAAGGAGGAGGCAAAAUUAUGUGUGUUGUUGGGUACGAUUAAAAUUAUAUAUAAUUUAUAGUUAUUUAUUAAUCUGUUUGGAUUCCUAUAUGUUAGAUACAGAAACUAUUCCUUAAUCAGCUAAAAAUUAUAUUAAUCCUUUAUUAUAUGAUAGACCAAUCUGGAUGAGAAUUGUAAUUGGAAAUACCAUUCCAGUAUUUUACUAAAAUCUAUUUAAUUAGUUCUUUGCUUCAAUAAUCUUAGCUGAAUUAUCAAAGGCCAAUCAAGAUCUUAGAAGUGUAUUUCCACCUUUCUUAGCCAAUUUCUGUGUUGCCUUUUUUGUUUGUCUUAACAUGUGUAUGGUCUCAUUCUUUAUGGAUGGUACAGAAAUCAAUUUUGAUUCCAGAUGGGGUUGGUUUGGAUUAUUCCAAAAUGGAAAAUUUAUGGGCUUUUUGUAUACAAUAUUAUAUCUAAUGUUUUAGUUAUAUGUCUACUAUGUUAAGUAUUGGAGUGUUUAUUUCAUCUAUUUUAAUUAGUAAACUAUUUGAGCCAAUUGUUCCUGCUACUGCUGCCUUAUUCGAACCUGUUAUUACAGCUAUCCUUUGUGAUAUUGCUACUGUUUAAUAUUACCCUGCUGCUAUUGCUUGUUUUGGUUAUGUAUUUCUUCUACCAGGUUAAUUUAUUAUCAUUGUUGGAUAACAUAUCUUGAAAAAAUAAUAGGAACAAGAACAAAAGUAAAAACUUGAAUAAUAACAGCUAAUUCAUGCUUCUAGAGCUUAACAAUGA